AUGUCAUCCGAUCUCCUCACCCAAGCCAAAGCUUGGCUCGAAAAGGACCCUGAUCCGGCCACCAAGCAGCAACUCUCCACCCUUAUCGAGAGCAACAACACGAAAGAGCUUCAGUCUAGCUUCAACGGUCGACUCGAAUUCGGCACUGCCGGAUUGCGAGGUGUUAUGGGUGUAGGACCUAGUAAGAUGAACAUGCUCACUGUGCUAGAAACAACCGCUGGUCUAGCAGAAUACCUUUUGAAGAGCGACAAAGACAAAGCAACCACAAAGGGAGUCGCUAUCGCAUUCGACGGUCGAUUCGGCAGCAAAGAAUUCGCCUAUGCUUCCGCCCAACACUUUGCCUUCCGCGGUAUCCCUUCGCAUAUAUACCCAACUCCUACACCUACACCGAUGUGCGGCUAUGCAGUCAAGAGACUGGGUCUUGCUGGAGGUAUCGUCGUAACUGCCUCCCACAACCCAAAGGAGUACAACGGGUACAAGGUGUACGGUCCCGCCGGAACUCAGAUCAAUACUCCUGUCGACGGGUUGAUCGCAGAAGAGAUUCUCAAGAUUUCUGAACAGACGGAGUCUCCCACACUCGCCGAUCUUAUGGAAAUCAAACAACAUGGCAUCGUGAAAGAGUUUGGACACGAGAUGCUCACAAGCUACAUCAAGGACGUUCAGGGGCUCAACACUUUCUCUUCAACGCCCGUGCACGGGAAGGAGGCGCCAAUCAGCAUCGCCUACAGUCCCUUGCACGGUGUUGGUGCGCCCUCGAUCGAGCGUUUGUCGAGAGACGUUGUAGGCUUGACGGAAAAUGUCAACUUCUGGAUUUCACCUGAACAGAGGGAACCAAAUGGAGCAUUCCCCACGCUCGAUUUCCCGAACCCUGAAGAACUGUCAACGCUUGAACUCGUCCACAAGCUUUCCGAACAACACAAGACGGGCUUGGCCAUCGUUAACGAUCCCGAUGCGGACCGUCUCGCUGUUUCUGCUCGUGACUCUAACGGCAUUCUGCGAGCUCUCACCGGUGACCAGCUGGGUGCGUUACUUGGUGAUGAGAUCCUUCGAAGAGCUGCUAAGGCUAAUGCCGGCAAAGCAGGUGUUUGGACCCUCUCUACUAUCGUUUCCUCCCGUCUACUGGCGCGUUUGUCAGGUCACUGGGGAGGAAACCAUGUUGAAACGCUCACCGGUUUCAAAUGGCUCGGUAAUGUAGCACGUGCUAUCGAAGCACGUGAAGGCAAAGGUUCGUUCGGGUUUGGAUACGAAGAAGCGCUCGGAUACAUGGCUGCUUCUUCCGUUUGGGACAAGGACGGACUCUCUUCUUACCUCUUAAUUGUCUCAAUGGCAUUCGAUCUCGCGCGGGAGGGCAAGACGCUGUGGGACCGUCUCGAGGAGCUCCACCGCUUGGUCGGACUAUCCGUGACGAUGCAGAAAAUCAUCAAGCUCAGUCCGACGAUGGAGGGUACCGAUGUCAUGACAAAGCUCAGAGCUGAUCUCGAAGGUGGAAAGAGCAGCGUAGGGUUGUACGGGUUUAGUUUGGUGGACGAUCUCAAGUCUCGUCCUGCGUACGAUGAGAAGAAGGCGGAAGCAGGGGAUCUCAGUAUUCCUAAGAAUGAUGUUCUGAGGUUCUAUGUUCCCCAUAGUCAUGUGAAUAAGGAGGCGAAGAGGGAGAGGGAAGAGAUCAUGCUGGGUGAUGUAAGGGUCAUUGUUAGGCCUUCCGGGACGGAGCCUAAGGUCAAGAUUUACACUGAGGUGCUUGGGCAGAUCAAGGAGGGUGAGAAGUACGAGGAGGCUGUGAAGAGGGUGCAGGGGGAGUUGGAGGAUGUUGUUGAUGCUUUCUGGGCUUGGAUGAGUUGA